UGAUGUAAUCAUUUCCGGUCGUAAACAACCGCAGAAGCGCUAUUAUAGGGGUACGGUUGUUGCUGCUCGUGCCUCCGGUGAUGUUGGUAUCGAGUGGGAUGAUAUCCAUAGUGAAAUUUCUACUCUUGACUUGUCCUCGGCUACUUAUCACAUCGUGCGCUGA